UGGUGUAAGAAGAAAUCGUUGCAUCAUUUGCCACUCUUCCCAAAUUUCGGAACACACACUCUUCCCCGAACUUCAAAAAAACAUGUCUUUCCAAUCUCCACCACCACCAUCACCGCUCCACCCGACCCAAAACCCGAACCAACAAAAACCCAAACCUGAAGGAGAAAAGAAGAGAGACUUCCUGACUCACCUCGAAACCUAUCUCGCCAAACGCGACGGCGUCGACAAGCUACUCAAGAUCUCACGCUACACCUCAAAACUCAUCCUCGCCACUUCCUGGGCCAAGGCCCAAACCCAAGCCCAUAACGGCCCAUCUCUCUACAACCGCCUCAAGGCCUUCGAGUCCAGCGUCGGCAUCAGCCGCAAGUCCCUCCGCCUCGGCAAAUUCGUCCAAGACCUCAACGCGCUCCGCGCCCUACAAAAACCGCGCGGGAAAUCCACCACCAGCUCCUCCGAUCUCGACUUCUUCCUCUCCAUCGUCGCCUACGGCGGCGAGGGAAUCUACUACUUCGUCGAGCAGCUCGUCUGGCUAUCCAAAUCGGGACUCAUCGAUCCGAAGCGCUCGCGUUCGUUUCAGAAAAUCAGCGCGUGGUGCGAGUUCGUAGGGUACUUCGGUAGCGUGGCGCUGAAAUUCAGGGAUUUGAAGGUGAUCGGAGAGGACGAAGAGUGCUUGAAAUCGACCGUUGAAAUUGCGAGUUUGAGAGGAGAAUGUUGUGAGGUGGAAGAAGAGAGGUUGAGGAAGGUGAGGGAGAAGAAGACGAUGAAGAAGCUUUCGAUUCUUCAGGAUUUGGCUGAUUCGGUUAUGGCUUUGGAUGAUAUGAUCGACGGCAAGGGACCGUUUUCGGGGCCGGUUUUCAUGGCUUCCGCCGGAUUGUUGUCUGCUCUCAUCAGCACUCACAAGAAUUGGAAAUCUUGUUAAACUUCGCCGGGUACAUCAAGUUAGUUAGUUAGUUAGUUACUGCAUAAUCUGAAUUUCAGUUUACUUGUCUAGAACUGUUGAGGAACUUGUGAAUGGAGAUUCAAGCACGCUUGUAGCAUGUAGCAUGUGAAAAUUCUACAUCAGUUCCGUAAUAAUUGUGGCUUUGAAUACACUAAAUUUAAUGAUGUACCAAAUUUUUUCGAAGCUACAAUUACUGCGAAACUGAUGGAGUAUUGCAGAUGAGGAUGAUUGGCUUCUCUGCAUUCAUUUAGACAGGAAUGUAAAAUUGCCUUUGUGCUUCUCUGUAGAAUUAAAUUUAGGAGGGUAGUGAUUAGCUUAUAAUCAAAAGCUUCCACAUUUUUUUGGCGGGUGGGUGUGGUAUUGUGGACAAAGAUGCCCAUUAGUUUGAUUGGCAGCUCAUUUGAGCCGAACUUGGGAGUUUGGUAUCACCAAAAAGGAAUAAAAUGUCCAUACCUAUAGACUAUUGUCUUUGAAUAAUUGAUAAGUGCUCCAAAAUUUGGUAGUAUAAAUUGGUUUAGGUGCACUUUGUUUAUUUGUCCAUUUUUUUAUCUUCUUGUACUUGUUAUGUAGUUACUAAUGUCAUGAAAUUAGUUUUCCCAAAAGUUUAAGCAAAUAGAAGAAGACACAUUUGCCUUAUUCUGAUAGAAGCUAUGAUACUAUGUUAUGAAAUCAUUUCUUUCAAAGGCUUAAGCUGGUAGGAGGAGGUACAUGAAUAUUUAUAUCUCUAAUAACUAACAUUGUUCCAAUUAUCUGUAGUGGUCUACUUUUGCAGGUUUUUUUUUUUUUUUGUGUGUCAAUAUUGAUCAAGCUACAAUUUUCUCAGCCUUCAUCAACUGGCAUUAAUGGUUUAGAUUUUCAAAGAGGUUGGGUUAGUGUCAAAUCUUGUAUGGUUAGAGUCAGAGACAAAGGGUAUAGAAUAAGGAUUUACUUGCCUGUAUAAGAUGUAACUAUAAUUAUUAUAGUAAUAAUCUUUUCUCUUGAGUAGUUAUGUGCUAUGUUUUUGCCUAGUAAGUUUACUUUCUUUUCAAGUUCUUUCUUUUACCCAUUAUCUGCAUGAUUCAAGAAAAGAAAACUGGUUUGCUAGGUUGCAUAUAGUAGGAUAAAUACACUAACAGAAACAUUGCUUCCUGCUAUAUAUUUCUUUCAUAUUGAUGUAUAUCUUGUGCAUUUUUAUGUAAUUCAAAUAACACUUCUGAAGUUUCAACACUAACUUUUGUUUAUGGUUGUAAAAUGAUAUUAAUGUUUCAUCGUUUGCACAAUUUGUAUCUAAAUACAUUGAUCCAAUGAUGAGCAGAAAAGUGGCAAUAAUAGAUAAAGGGAAAAGAGAACAUACAGAGCAUCAUAUUUAGAUUAGAUUGGAUCAGUUAUGGCAGUUUGUAUUUGAGGAGUAAAUUUAUUUUCUAAUAUGUGUCAAGAUGUCUAGUAUAAUGUAUUACCAGCCAUGAAUUGUUUAUUCGUUUUUGUUUAAGAAUGUGAGACUCCAUAGCCCAUGCUGCAUCUUUAUCAUAUCCUGAUAGGACUCUAGUGCACUGUGCCACCUUUAUCUUCUCUUUUUUAUUUUUUAAAUUUUUUGGAAAAUCAUUGGAUCAUAUAGAUAGAAGAAUGUUUAUGUAGCAGUUUAAUUCUUGCAAUGUAGAAUAUUAUAAAUGCUGGAUAGUACUGAUAUAAACUCAAUUUUGGAAUGCUUUUCUGUUAAGAAAAUUGUUCUUUGAACAUUCAAAUAUCGUACACUUAUUUUACCUUAUUGCUAUUAAGUAUUAACAUUAUCAAACACCUGCAGAAUGCCAACGUGACAAUUA